AUGCAGCCCCUGAGCCGCGGGGCCUCGGCCGACCUCAAGCCGGGCCAGGAGGUCUUCGCGUUGGGCAAUCCGUUCGGCCUCGAGCACAGCAUGAGCAAAGGGGUGAUCAGUGGCGUCGCCAGGAGCAUGGAGGGGACGGCUGGGUGGCCCAUGAGUGGUAUCAUUCAGACGGACGCCUCCAUCAACCCCGGAAACAGCGGCGGGCCCCUGCUGAACAGCGAAGGAUCUGUCGUUGGCGUCAACACCGCCAUCCUCUCCACCAGCGGCACAUUUUCUGGUGUUGGCUUCGCGCUGCCGAUCGACACGGUGCAAAAGAAUGUGGCAUCGAUGAUUGAGGAAGGUUACGUGACCCGGCCCAGCAUCGGCGUUGAGCUUGCCCCGGACGAGGUUCUGGCGCAGUUGUUGUUAGGGGUUUGGGGUUUCUAG